AACUCCGGCAAGACUUUACGCAUAAAAGCUUCAGGAUAUACGCACACUAGUCCUAUCGCACCAGCUCCUCUAGCACACUGAGUUAUGGGAUGUACAAAUCAAACCAGUUGACAAGGGGACACUUGGUUAGAGAGUGCGCAUAAAGUAUGGCUUGGAUACGCACAUGUUUUCUCUUAUCUUGUGUCGGACAUGUGUUGGCGAAUCCGCCAGCUGAGACGAAGAUUUAUUUGGAUAACAUUACGCGCAUUUUGGAUAGAUUAUUAGAUGGAUACGACAACAGACUACGACCUGGAUUUGGAGGUCCUGUCACAGAGGUUAAAACGGACAUCUUUGUCACCAGCUUUGGUCCUGUAUCUGAUGUUGAAAUGGAAUACACAAUGGAUGUGUUUUUCCGGCAAACGUGGAUCGAUGACCGGCUGAAAUUUGAGGGCCCCAUUGAAAUCCUGCGACUCAACAACCUCAUGGUCAGCAAAAUCUGGACUCCAGACACAUUCUUCCGAAAUGGCAAACGCUCCAUUUCACACAACAUGACCACUCCCAACAAGCUGUUCCGCAUAAUGCAGAACGGAACUAUCCUCUACACCAUGAGGUUAACCAUCAAUGCCGAGUGCCCCAUGCGAUUGAUAAACUUUCCAAUGGAUGGACAUUCAUGUCCGUUAAAAUUUGGCAGCUAUGCCUACCCCAUGAGUGAGAUUGUAUACACAUGGAAGAAGGGGCCAUUAUUCUCAGUAGAAGUACCUCAAGAGAGCUCCAGUCUGCUACAGUACGAUCUGAUCGGACAGACAGUGUCCAGUGAGAGGCUCAAGUCAAACACAGGUGAAUACAUCGUCAUGACUGUAUACUUCCACCUGCAGAGAAAGAUGGGUUUCUUCUUAAUUCAGACAUACAUCCCAUGCAUCAUGACAGUGAUCCUUGCACAGGUUUCCUUUUGGAUCAAUAAAGAGUCCGUACCUGCCAGAACUGUGUUCGGCAUCACCACAGUGCUAACCAUGACCACGCUGAGCAUCAGCGCCCGCCACUCUCUACCCAAGGUCUCGUACGCCACAGCCAUGGACUGGUUCAUCGCCGUCUGCUUUGCUUUUGUCUUCUCCGCCCUUAUCGAGUUUGCUGCUGUCAACUAUUUCUCCACCUUACAGGCCAAUAAGGAACUUCGGCAGGUCAAUGCAGCCCAUGCUGCGGCCUCAGUGGCGACGAACAUUGAUGGAGAAGUAAUUUCGCAUCCUCUGGACCCUGGCGGCAUGUUGAAGAAGAGGCUGAACUCUCUUUCUCAAAGAGAUGUUGCUGAGAGAUUCUCCAGGCCGUGCCAGACUGAUUUCCGUCAGCAAGGUUCUGCUGUACCUGCCAACAACAUGCUGACAGGGACUAGUAUCAUUGACAAGUACUCACGCAUCCUCUUCCCGCUGUCUUUUGGGGCCUUUAACCUGAUCUACUGGAUUGUCUAUCUCACCAAAGACACUAUGGAGUCCAGGGAGGUGUGAGCCCUGUUAGAGAAUAACUUCUCCAAGGAGAGAGGCCACUCUGAGGACUAAAGACAUCUAAUAAAUGGAUGGAUGUGUGGGUGGGUGGAUGGAUGGAUGGAUGAAUGUAUGGAAGG